AGUCGUUGCGCCUGUAACCAACCCCACAGCAGAAGCUUGCCAAAAAGACCAAUCUCUCUCUCUCUCGCCAAGCUCCUUCCUUCUCGAUUCCUUAUCUCCGGCGGCUUCACUUCCGAUUCCGAUAAUCUUAUCGCCGUCUCUGAUUACGCUUCCCAUCGCUUUUGCCGAAGAAUCACCGUCCAUGGAACCGUCUCUUUCCGUUACCGGCGCCGGAGAAUCCAGACGCCGGUGUUAGGGUUUCUCUUUUGUUCGUUUUGACUCAGCUCGAGAAGAUUUUUCAUGGCGGAGGAAGAGAAUCGCAAGGAUCAAGGCGUUUCGUCUGAAGUUGCGAUUCCUACAGGUUUGAACCGGAUCAGGACUCGGUUAGCUUCAACAGGUCCGAAACCUGAAGAUUCCGGGAAUCAUGGUUCCUUACGACCUCCUUUGAAUCGUAAGCAGAAGAGUGUUGUUCCUCGCGGGCAUGGCAGAGUCACAAGGUCUCCCAAACAAGAGCGUAAAGGAAAGAAGCUGUCGAGGUGGUUUGCGUCUUAUAUACCCAAGAAUUCUUGGAAUUCUCUUAAAGAUGGUUGCUCGAGUAGUGAGGAUAUCAAUAUAAAAGUUAAGACGUCUGACAAAGACGAAGAGAGGAUGGCCAAGCAGUCUGAAAGUAGUGUUCCCUAUGGCAAGGUCUCAAUGGGUAUAAAGAGUUUCUCCCAUGAAUUAGGACCAAGGGGUGGCAUUCGAACUGCUUAUCCUCGACCUCACAGCUACAACGAUUUAAAGGAACUUCUGGGCUCUCUUCAUUCUAGAUUUGACGUUGCUAAGGAGAUCGUGGAUGAAAAGUUGGAUGAUUUUGUCAUAGAUGUGGAAGAGGCUAUGGAAAAAAUUGAUUCAUCGUGUCCUGAAGACCGAAAAAUGGCAGAAGAGCUACUUAAUCUGGCCCAGGAUUGUAUAGAAAUGCCAUCUGCUCAGCUUCGUUGUACUUGUGAAUCUAUUGUGCAAGAUUUAACCAGAAAAAGGCAACAGUGUCAAGCUGGACACGUGAAGUGGCUGUUUACGCAGUUGCUUUUCAUAUUGACCCAUUGUACAAGAGUUGUGAUGUUUCAGAAAGAGAGUGAGCCAAUUAACGAGAAUUCCUUUCGUAAGUUUAAGGAAUGUUUGGACAGCAUCCCUGCAGUAGAAACAAAUUGGGGAAAUUCACCGGGGGUUGCUAAUUGUGGUCCUGGUUAUUCUGUAUAUCAAAGGAAUGAAGCUGGGGAAAAUUUCAAGAUGCAGGACAAUGAAUCUAUUGUUCCGGAUGAUCGCAAGGAUAAUGCUGCUAGAAAAAGUAGUGAGGUCCUUAAACAGAGAUUUCCAUCGCAGAAACCACAAGUUGAUAUUCGAUUAGAGGAACAACGGUAUGAUUUGGGCGAUGAUUAUCAAGAAGGGACACUGAAUGAAUCGGGAAAAGAAUUUGGUGGAUUUGAUUCAGUAAUCUGCAGGAUAUGCGAGGAGGAGGUUCCUCUAUUGCAUCUGGAGUCCCACUCCUACAUAUGUGCAUAUGCAGAUAAAUGUGAAAUAAAUUGUUCAGAUGUGGACGAGCGCCUUUUGAAGCUUGAGGAGAUACUAGAACAGAUUAUAGACUCACGGAGUUUAAAUUCCUAUUCUCAAGCUGGUGGCCCAGAAAACUCAGCUUUGCAGAAAUCUGGAGUUGCAUCUGAAGGCUGUUCUCCAAAGGUAAAUGAAUGGCGGAAUAAAGGUGUUGAGGGGAUGUUUGAAGAUCUGCACGAGAUGGACACGGCCUUCAUAGACGAAUCUUCGCUGCACCCUAUUAAUUUGAAGGGCCAUAUCGGAGCGAAGCUUUCCAAUUACGGCACAUCAUCCUCAACUGGUAGCAUGACGUCAGUAUCUUCUACGAAUACCCCUAGAACUAGCCACUUUGACUCCUUUUGGCUAGACCAGCAUAGUACUGAGCAAGAGGAUCUUCAACCGAUGAUGGACCUUGCAGACAUUGCUCGCUGUGGGGCAGGCACAGAUCUCUCCCAAGCAGGAUCGUGUGACUAUCUGCUUGCCUGUAUGCAAGACUUACAAGCUGUCUUAAAGCAAAGCAAGCUCAAAGCACUUGUAAUAGAUUCUUUUGGGGGCCGAAUAGAAAAACUUCUUCGUGAGAAGUAUAUAUAUGCUUGUGAAAUAGCUGAUGACAAAAGUUCAGUGAGUCAAAGCAAAGAAAGUGAAACUAUCUUGGAGAACACAUCCCAAACUAGCUCAGGGACUGCUCCACAACUUCUGCAGAAAGACAGGACAAGUAUCGACGACUUUGAGAUCAUCAAACCAAUUAGCAGAGGUGCCUUUGGUAAAGUCUUUCUUGCACGUAAAAGAACAACAGGGGAUUUUUUUGCAAUUAAGGUACUGAAGAAGUUGGAUAUGAUAAGGAAAAACGACAUAGAGCGGAUACUGGCAGAGCGUAAUAUACUAAUAACUGUCCGAAAUCCCUUUGUGGUUCGAUUUUUUUAUUCAUUCACCUGCAGAGAUAACCUCUACUUGGUGAUGGAAUAUCUUAACGGUGGUGACUUAUACUCUUUACUCCGAAAAGUUGGCUGUCUUGAAGAAGAUGUUGCUCGUAUAUACAUUGCAGAACUGGUUCUUGCUUUGGAGUACCUCCAUUCUCUGGGAGUUGUGCAUCGUGAUCUGAAGCCUGAUAACCUGUUAAUCGCUCAUGAUGGACACAUCAAGCUAACAGAUUUUGGGCUAUCGAAGAUCGGUCUUAUAAACAACACUAUUGAUCUAUCUGGACAUGAGACGGAUGCAGCUCCAAUGUCAGGUGCUCAUAAUUUGCACAAGAAGCAGGCUGAUGGCAGAAGAAGUCGGCAGUCAGCUGUAGGGACACCUGACUACCUAGCACCUGAAAUUCUUCUUGGAACUGAACAUGGUUACGCGGCAGACUGGUGGUCAGUGGGAAUCAUCUUGUUCGAAUUGAUAACUGGAAUUCCACCAUUCACAGCAGCUCGUCCAGAGAUAAUUUUUGAUAACAUUCUCAAUGGAAAAAUCCCUUGGCCAGAUGUGCCUGGUGACAUGUCAUACGAAGCUCAGGAUUUGAUUUACAGGUUUCUUGUCCAUGAGCCGGAUCAGCGUCUGGGGGCCAAUGGAGCAGCAGAGGUAAAGUCGCAUCCCUUCUUUCAAGGAGUAGACUGGGAGAAUCUCGCUAUGCAAAAGGCUGCAUUUGUACCACAACCGGAGAGUAUAGAUGACACGAGCUAUUUCGUAUCGCGUGGGGAUGGAGACGAUAGUUGCAGCGUCACCACCGACUUCGAAAACAGCGACUCUUAUUCGGGAGACGAGAUUGAUGAAUGCACGAACUUGGCAGAGUUCGACUCAGCAGCCCCAUUGAAUCUCUCCCUCAUUAAUUUCUCUUUCAAGAACUUGUCACAGUUAGCGUCUAUCAAUCACGAUGUGCUGUUGCAAAAGGAUCCUGCCAAAGGCUCCUCCACUUAUAAACCUCCGCCUCCAAGAACGUAAACCCUCAUCUCUUUUCCACUUUAUAUAUAUAUAGUAAGUUUUCUCUUUUCUUUUUUUUUAA